UCGGGCAAUCGAUUCUCACGUCUCGAAGGCACUAGCAAGAUCUGUCAAAAGUAUAAAAUAAAGCCGAAAAAUGGCUGCUGUAAAUCUUGCUCGCAGUGCUUUUACUGGAUUGCUGAGAAAUUCCACUUUAAUUAAAACACCAAUUGUAUGUCGAUUAUCAACAGUAGCUCUGCUACAAAAAUACCAGACCAUUAGAAACAUUUCCAAACUUAAUAACAAUUUUCAUUUACUAUCAAAUGGGGUACAUAUAGAGAGAAUACGAGGCUUCGCCACAGGGCCUGUACAUAAGAUCACACAAAGCGAAAUAUCGGACCGAGUGAUGAAAGUGUGCCGAGCCUACGACAAACUUUCAAAUGUUCAGCUUACCCUGAACUCCCAUUUUAUGCAAGAUUUGGGCCUAGAUUCCUUGGACCAUGUUGAAGUUAUCAUGGCCAUGGAAGAUGAGUUUGGCUUUGAAAUCCCAGAUGGAGAUGCAGAGAGGCUUCUUAAACCACAAGAUAUAGUACAAUACAUAUGUGACAAGGAAGAUAUUUUUGAAUAAACCACAUUUAAAAUUCAAGCCUAGUGUCUCGUUAUUAUUAUGUUUGGUUGUUAUCUAAUUCAGCAUGUUAGAUUUCUACACAUAUACUUAUUGAAGUGAUUAUGGCCAGACAACCUGGAUGUAUAAAGUGUUAAUUGUUUAUAUUUCAAUAUAUGCUGUUAGAUUAGA